ACUGUUCGUGUUCGCGGUCCAUCGCGGGAUCAGGAGAACAGACAAUUCAUUGAACCACGGAAUAAUGCAGUUGAAAACCUCCACAGUCCCACUGAAGCAGCACAAGUUCUUGAAGAGCCGACGAGCUUACACCAUAUCGCGAAUCUUAAUUGUGGUUGUGAACCGGUGAGCUCCAAACAUAGUUCAUCGGAAAAAGGGAAGACACUGAUCGUGGACGAUGACCAUGUCAGACCGAAUGAUUCGAUCAACGGACGAAAAUCGCCAGUGAAUAUCGCACAGGAUGCGGAUACUGAUAAUCCAAUCGAAAAUGCUUGGGAAGAUCAGAUCCAAUUCAUGGGCCAAAACACUGGUUCCACACAAAUUUGGAAAGUGCCUGCACACAAUACAUCUCCAGCAUUGUCUUCUGUGAACAGUUCCACCGGAGCACAAUCCCUUCGGUAUGAAAACGAUACAGAUCCGGAUAUGACUGACUUUGCUCAGGAUGUACAUCAAGCUGAAUGGCAAUUCAUUCGUCACCAUAUGGAGUGUACACGAUUGCUGGGUGAGCUAACGAAGAUGAUCGAACAGAUUACAGAACGUGAUGAAAUAACCCAGUCAGAAUUGGGUUCCCUGCGACAAGUGAGUGCAUAG